CCUAUGUCACUUGUGCACAUCUCUCGUCCCGUUCAGCCCCCCGUUGCUCUCGCCUCGCGGCCAUGGGCUCCGCCUCGCGCAACUACUUUGCCGCGCUCUCCUCGCCGGACGCAGAUGCCCACGACGCCACCCCGCCAGCCUCGCCGUCGCGUGAGACCGCCGCGGGCCGUCGCGAUGCCGCAGCCGCCCCAGUCGGUGGGGGGACGCUGCCCGCCGUGUCUCGCAGCGCCGCCCCUCGCGUGCUCGCGGGGGGCUCGUCGCCCGGCCGCGGGAAGCACGGCGGGGACUCGAGGCAAGAUGGCGGCGGCUGGCGGCUGGUGGGCGACGCGAGUGGCGCGCGGAGCCGGGGGGGCGAAGCAGUGACGACGGCGGAGGUGGGAAGCUUGGCGGCGGUGCGGGCAGCGGCGAGCGAGGCGAGGGCGGAGCAGGCGGCGGAGGCGGCAGGGGCGGUGGAGGUGAAGCUGAGGCGACCGCUGAUAUGGGUGGACCUGGAAAUGACCGGCUUGGACGUGGAACAGCACCACAUCCUGGAGAUCGCGUGCGUGGUCACGGAUGGCAACCUCACACAGCGAUUCGAGGGCCCGGACCUGGCAAUCCACCAGAGCGAGGAGGUGAUAGAGGGCAUGAACGACUGGUGCCAGCAGCACCACCACGCCAGCGGGCUGGUGGAGCGAGUGCGCAGCAGCACAGUCACCAUGGCAGACGCCGAGGAGCAGGUGCUGGCGUUUGUGCGGCGGUACUCGGUGCCGCACCUUGCAUCGCUGGCAGGCAACUCCAUCUACAUGGACCUCAUGUUCCUGCAGAAGCACAUGCCUCGCCUGGCCGCGCACUUCUCCCAUGUGCUGGUGGAUGUCAGCUCCGUCAGAGCCCUCGCCCAGCGCUGGUUCCCCAGAGCGGCUGAGAGUGCCCCGCGCAAGGAGCAGCGGCACCGGGCGCUGGAGGACAUAAACGAGACCAUCAACGAGCUCAAGCACUUCAGAGCCACCAUCUUUAGGCCCUCCAAGCAUGCUUCAUAACUCUUCACCACCAGUGGCAGACUGGUACGAACAGGCCAGGGCAAAACAUUGGUUUUAGGCCACUCGUAGGAAUCAGAGUACGUGAAAAUGUUCACCCUGUCAGCCAGAGUGUUGCAAAUGAUGAUGAUCAUGUUAACGUAGAAACGAAUGAUUACUAGAGGUGGAAACCUAGAACAAAUACUAGUUGGUUGU